AUGAGGACUUUGGCAGCGCUGUACAUCUUUUCGCUUUGUAAACUUUGCAAUGCAGGAUGGCCCUGUUGUCUCCAGGGUGAUGAUUCUGACGACACAGAAUCGCCUUCUGCCGCAGCUCAAUCGCCAGCGACUUGUAUGUCGCAUCCUCUAGACACUCUAGACAUUUCUAAUCCGGAACAGAGCAUCAUGAAUGUGGUCGAGAGAGACAAUGGUUCAUCGCAGCAAAAGCAUUACUUCCCCAAGGUUGGUAUUCACAUCACAUCCGUGUUCGAUGGAGAGUCGCCCUUGUGGAUGGCUCCGGUGGAAAGACAGGGAGAAGUGCUCUUUGUGGAGCGCUUCAUCAGGGGAAAAACAGAGAUCCUCGGUCUGAACAUAGUACACGGUCAAGAGUUUGCUCCAAGGUACUUUGAGAAACUAGACGGAGAAUGGAAGGAAACUAGCAAACGUAACUAUUUUAAAAAGUUAAAUGAUGUCAGAUUUUGUUCGUAG